AUGCAGCUUGCUAUAGUUAUUAGUGCAUUGUUUGCCACAUGUGUACUUGCCGCUCCCCAAGGGCCCGAUACGGAACCAAUUCCUAUUAUCCGGCAGGAGCAGGAAGUGAAUCCCGAUGGUACCUACCGGUGGAGCUAUGAAACUGGUAACGGGAUAACGGCGGAAGAGCAAGGUUUUCUCAAAAAUCCUGGAACCGAACAGGAAGCGCAGGUGGCGCAAGGAGAAUAUUCGUACACCGCACCGGACGGUCAGCUGAUUCGGGUGCAGUACAUUGCGGACGAGAACGGCUUCCAGCCGAUCGGUGACCAUCUACCCACGCCGCCGCCCAUUCCGCCGGCAAUCCAGCGAGCACUGGAGUAUCUCGCUAGCCAACCGCCGAGUGACGAUGGCUCGAGAAGGUUUUAG